UCCAUCUGUUUUAUCCUUAAUUAAGCACUAAUCUCUCUCUGUCUCUCUCUCCCCCAAUCCUCCUUAGGGGACACACGUACACAACAAAGGAGAAAAAGACAGAAGAGAAUAGCGCCUAAUCAAACCUUUUACAAACAGACAGAGAGACACAGACACAACCCCUCCCCUCGCCUGAACAAAACUCAUCCCAUGUUGUUCAAUUCGCGAGAAAAGGGGGCAAAAUGAGAAGAUUAAUGCUUCAGAAAUGCCGUCAAGAUUGAAUUUUUCCCACCGCUUUUUUCUCUCUUUCUUUAGUUUCGAUUCCCCGUCGCGAUAGUUAGUUGGGUUUCCUUAAGAUUGUGAUGAUCAGGGUCGCGUACGUUCACGCGCCGCCGCAGACGGCGGAGGCGGCGGCGAAAAUAGGCGGACGACGGCGAGGGAAUGUGGGUGUUCCGUCAAUUGUUGCGCUUAUUGCUGUGUGGUUGUUUUCGUCACCCGCAUGGGCUGUGUCUUCGACGUCGCCGCCGUUAGCUAGUCGCGUUGAGCGAGAGGGGGACGCUCAAACGCUCGCCGGCGCCGCCUCCGCCGCCGCUCUGAUGGAAUUCAAGAAUUCCCUGGUGUCGGGUCCCACCGGCGCGUCCGUGGAGCGCGUGCUUGUGUCCUGGAACCUCUCGACCAGCCCCUGCACCGGGAACGUCGGGAAUUGGUUCGGCGUGCGGUGCUUCAACGGCGACGUGAACGGGCUCCAGCUAGACAACCUGAACCUCGCCGGCGACAUCGACGUGGAGGCCCUGGUGCCGUUGCGAUUCCUCCGAAUUUUAAGCUUCGAGCACAACAACUUCGAAGGGUUGAUGCCGGAUUGGAAAAAAGUGGGCGCCCUCAAGUCUCUAUUCCUGUCGAAUAACCGACUCUCCGGCCAGAUCGCCGACGAUGCUUUCUCCAGCAUGGGUUCUUUGAAGAAAGUCCAUUUGGCUAACAAUAAAUUCACCGGAAAAAUCCCCACCUCCCUGGCAACCACCGCCAGACUCCUGGAGUUGAGGCUCGAAAACAAUGCCUUCACCGGUCAAUUGCCGGAGUUCCGCGCCGGACUCAAUGUGUUCAACGCCUCUAAUAAUCAACUCGAGGGACCAAUCCCUCCAGCUCUAUCUUCCCUGGAUCCCUCUGUAUUUUCCGGCAACAAGGGACUAUGCGGAAAGCCUCUAAAGUCCAGUUGUAAGGCCCCUCCUCCAAAACCGUCUCCCCGUGCCGCCGAUGCUGAAACUUCAUCGUCGUCAUCCAAUCUGUCUAGAAUCCUAAUGAUUGUAGCAAUAUGCUUAUUGGUCGUGGCAAUACUCAUCUCACUCCUCAUCCUUUCUCGCGCCGGCGCCGGCGGCCAAGAAAACUCCCAGGCCCUCGACCCCUUAUGCUCGCCCUACAACGCCGCCGCCCCUGCCAGCCCCGCCUCCGGCGCCACUACCACGACGACGCGCGCAUCGCCGUCGCCUGAUAAGGCGGCGGGAGGCGGCACCCCGACCACGAACAGCAGCUCCAGAGCCGGCGAAGCGGCGGGCGCGUCCCCGGCGGUCGGAAAGUUGGCGUUCAUGAGACCGGACCGGACGCAGUUCGAUCUGCAGGAUUUGUUGAGAGCUUCGGCGGAGGUUUUGGGCACCGGAAGCUUGGGGUCCUCCUACAAGGCCGUGCUUAUGGACGGGCAGUCCGUUGUGGUGAAGAGAUUCAAGCAUAUGAAUCUUGUUGAAAGAGAAGACUUCCAUGAACACAUGCGACGCAUAGCUCGGCUUGAACACCCCAAUUUGCUCCCUCUCGUUGCCUAUUACUACAGAAAAGAAGAGAAAUUGUUGAUCUCCGAUUUCAUGUCCACCGGUAGCUUGGCUGCUCAUCUUCACGGCAAAGCAAGCAAAGAAUCAGGGCUAGAGUGGGCUAAAAGAUUGAAGAUCAUCAAGGGAGUGGCGAAGGCACUAAUGUAUCUUCACAGGGAGCUAGCAACCCUAGUUCUUCCACACGGCCAUCUCAAAUCCUCCAACGUCCUCCUCGACAAAUCCUUCAACCCAAUCGUAAUGGACUACGCCCUAGUCCCGGUGGUCAACCCGGACGACCUCCCAAACCUCCUCGCCUCCUACAAGUCGCCGGAGUACACCAAUCUCCACCGACCCACCAGAAAAACCGACGUCUGGACCCUCGGAGUCCUCAUCCUCGAAACCCUAACCGCCACGUCACCCGCCAAGUACCAGGACUCCCAGUUCCGGACCUGGAUCAGCUCCAUCGCCGCCCGAGACGCCGAGCCGGACGACCGAGCCGAAACCAUCUUUGACUCAAAGAUGGCCGCCGACGCCAAACACAGCAAAGGACAAAUGCGAAAGCUCCUCAAGAUCGGCGUGGCUUGCUGCUAUGAAGAUCCCGAGGACAGGUUGGAGUUGAAGGACGCCGCUGAAAAAAUCGAAGUUUUGAAGGAGAGGGACGAUCAAUGAAUUGAACUUAAUUGCAUUAUUAUAUUGCCCCAGUUCAUAACUAACUUUAGAUGCAUAUAUGAUUCAGCAUUUUAUAUGUAUAGUAUAAUUACCAUACUAUAUGUACGUGUAUUCUAAGUGCUAACCCGGCCUAUUGUAUGUAUGUAUAUAUGUAUGCCCUUAGUUGCAAGCUAAGUUGAAUGCAACCAAAAUAGUUGGAGUAGUAGAUUUAAUUUUCUAGCUUUUCAAUGUAUAUAUGUUUUUUAAAGAACAGAAAUGCUACAAAAAACCAUUGAAUAAUAUUUGUACC